GUUCAAUUAUAACGAACAAAAGGUUACUGGAUUAUGAGCUAUCUAAAUUGUGACGGAUCUAUAAAUGCUUCAAAAGGCACAAAAAUUUUCACACAUAGAGUUUGAAAGCAAUGAACAUCUCCAGUUUCAUAGAGUCGAACGAGUUGAUACCCGGGUUACCGAGCGACCUUGGACUCGAGUGUCUCACACGCUUGCCUCACUCAGCACACCGAAUCGCCCACCGAGUCUGCAGCCAAUGGCACUCUUUGCUCCACAGCGACCACUUCUACUAUCACCGCAAGAAAACCGGUCACACCCAAAAACUCACGUGCUUGGUUCAAGCCCAUCAACAGCUACCGCACCACCACAAAACAACUGGGUCGCUGUCACCCAGUUACGAAAUCACCGUGUUCGACCCGGAAAACAUGUCAUGGGACCGGGUCGACCCGGUUCCAGAUUACCCGCUCGGAUUGCCACUGUUCUGCCAAUUGGCGGGCUGCGAGGGGAAGCUCGUGCUGAUUGGAGGGUGGGACCCAUUGAGCUACGAGCCCUUGACGGCAGUUUUCGUCUACGAUUUUCGAACGAGUGAGUGGCGACGGGGGAGCGACAUGCCGGAGAAGAGGUCUUUUUUCGCGAUCGGUUCGGAUCAUGGUCGGGUUUAUGUGGCGGGCGGGCACGACGAGAAUAAGAACGCGCUGAGCACGGCAUGGGCCUACGACCCGCGAAGCGAUGAAUGGGCCGGGCUGGCCCAAAUGAGUCGGGAGCGGGACGAGUGCGAGGGGGUUGUGGUUGGUGAUGAGUUUUGGGUGGUGAGUGGUUACGCUACGGAGAGACAAGGGAUGUUUGAAGGGUCUGCAGAGGUGUUGGAUUUCGGGUCGGGUCGGUGGAGGGUGGUUGAUGGGAUUUGGGGAGCGGGUGGGUGCCCCAGAUCGUGUGUUGGGGUUGGGAAAGACGGGAAAUUGGUGAAUUGGAGAGGGAUGGAUCCGGGGCUCCGAGUUGGGGUUUGUGGGGUGACGGUUGGGUCGAGGACGCUUCUAACUGGAUCCGAAUACGAAGGGGCACCGCAUGGAUUCUAUUUGGUGGACAUGGAGGAAGGGCACAAUCGUAAAUUGAGGAAAAUCAGUGUGCCAGAUGGUUUUUCCGGGUUUGUUCAGUCAGGGUGUUGUGUUGAAAUUUAGUGAGUGAGGUACAACGGAAGUGUUUAAAGAAACAGGGUUUCGGUUUCACUCUCUUCUUGUUUACAGAUGCCACCUUCCAAAAUAGGAAAGCAAGUUUUGUUUUCAUGUUCACAUUCACAUAGAGGGGUGUGGGGAUACAUAAGAACCCUGUUUCUUUUCUUUUUUAUCUAGUUACUAUACAAAUGCUACAAAUGUUUUUUUGUUUUGCUACUUGCUAGCAAAGGUUUGUCGUUAAACAAAACGCGAGAUAGAUUCAGCCUGAAAAAGAGGUCGGCAUGGAUCAUGAGGUGUCAUGUCACUAACAUUAAAUGGACCAUUUACUGAUCACGGAUUGAUAGGUUGAUAAAAUUGUUGGAUAGACAUGGAAUGGGUUGGUCAUUAUUUAUGAUGCGCGGUGUUGGUAUAAGAUUUUUUUCUCUUUUUAAGCCAUCAAUCUUUAAUGAAAGACAAACAGGCCCUUUGUAUUUCAGAAAUCUUAAUUUGGUGCUGUUGCAGGGUUCCUCUGCGCUUGUUGGGGCGAAUAUAUACUUACCAUUG